CUGUCUUAAACCGAUUGUCAGUUUUAACUCAAUUUCCCACAAUGCACCUCACGCAAGUUACGCACGCUGUAGAAACUUAGCGACUUUUCCACUUUUCAGAAUAGCUAGCUAACGUCAGCCUAACCCCAGCCUACCUCUCAGGCAGUCAACGCCACAGGGACCCUUCAUUUUGGGGGCUUACAUGCUUGCCAGUGGUAACAUAUUCGGUUAGUAGGACUUGAACAUGCACAUACCUGAUGCUGCGUGGUAACUAACCCGUGGAAUAUUACGAAGGACAACGAUAGUGAAGUGACUUGCUAGCUAAAACAUCAACAACAAAAUAAAAACACGAAGGGGCAGGGCAGCUAGACAGGUCGGUGCGUAACAAUGAAUGUCUCAAGUCAAGCAAGGCAAAGUUGUAAAUCAGCACAAGAAUGAAGCUGUCGAUACGUGUUCAUGUUACUGAAUAGCUCUGUAGAUAUAUUCGUGUGUUUAUGCAGCAAUGGCAUUGUUGCUAGCUAGCUUACUUGGCAGCUGUCCUCGUCUAAAUCAAGCAUACAUUUAACUUCUUGUGCGUCAUGUGAGUUUCAAACAUCAGCCCUCUGACUGUCAGUGCUGACCUUAUGGGACAUAUGUAUGUGCAGUAGUUGUCCUUAUCUCUAUCAAUCCAUUGUACCGACUACAUCACCAUGCAUCACUCUGCUCCCACAAGCGCUGAACUGGGGUUUCUGCCAGCCAUGUAUUCAUUUUCAGGCCCCACAAGCCUCCCUGAAUUUGACCUCGGACCACCGAACACAUCCAGCCAUCUACAGAGAGCAACACUAUCCAACAGCUGGGAGACUAGAUGUCUCAGAAAGCACAGGAGGAGAAGUGAUGAUGAGGGAUGUAGUGCAAAAAGGAGGAGGUUAAUGUGUGAGGCAGAGCUGGCCAUUUCAGACAACUCUGACAACAGUAAUCGACGUGACUGGCCAACAGCGAGCAGCUGCCCUCCCCUGUCUGCACAGCAAGCCAGCCCUGUACCGCCACAGCCCUGCCCAGCACCUCAGACCCUAACUUUGGCACCGCUCGAUUCUGCCUCAGCCCGACCAGAGGCAGAUAGUUCCUGCAUGGAGAUAGAGGCGGCUCAGAGGAGACUUCAGGAGAUCGAAGACAGAAUAACACUGGAGGAUGAUGAUGAGGAUGAAGAUCUGGAUUUAGAGCCAGCCCCCAGACGACCAGUGCUGGUGAUCUCUGACAGUCUGAAGGAGGGUCUGCAGCGUGGCAUCAGCGACAUCCUGCCCCACACAGUCGCCCAGUCUGUGAGUCAUUCCUGUAUGGAGUUGGUAUUAUGGCGACCGCUAGAUGAUCCCUUCUGUCAGAAGAGAAGGGUCUCAUUACCAAAGCAGCGUAAACAGCAGACAGUAUCUCGGCAACCCCCGACUCCAUGUCCGUCCCCAACCCCUCACUGUUCGGUCAGCUCCUCCAGUCCGCCUGCCGACACACACACUCCUGUAUACAGCUUUCCUGUGGUUCACAGUUCGGGGGAGGAGGAGAUGGAGAUGUAAAUGUGCUCAGUGACUUAAAAAGCCACGCCAAAAAGAGUGAAAGUGAAAGACCCGACAUGCACAACAAAACUUACAGACCCUUACAAGACUUGGAAUCACCUGACUGGAUUAGGCUGGCACGUUGCUUUUACAUUACAAGUUAUGCUGUUUUCAAGGUAAUUUUUAAACACCAGUUUUGCUUCGAAGUUACUGGGUUUAGGUAUUUUGAAUAAAACCAUAUGAAGCUGUACAUAAAAUGAACAACAUGAUCUAAUCACUCCGUUUUUUUUACAUUCAGGUGAACUGUAAUGAUCUCCACGACUUAAAAAAGUCCCGCAAACAGCAUUACACAAGCCAAUUUUACAGAAGUAUCAGCAUUAAGUGUUGCUAUUUGAAGUUUGUUAGUUUUGUAAAAGCUUGGCCAACAACAGACUGAUGGACUGUAAAUAUGUUGUUAAAAAUCAGUGUGAAGAAUAUGGAUUUUGUACAGUUUUGUGUUCUGCUUUCUAAGUGUCUUUGACACAAACUCUUGCUUAUUUGCUGACAGCAUGAGCUCCUGCUUACAGUUGUACUUGUGUUUGAAAGAUUUUCUUCCAAUAAGGCUUAGCAAGUACACCGUCUGUGAGCUUUGAGGAUUUUGCAAAGAAUUUGCAGAAAACAUCUUUUUGUGAUGUGAUUGUAUUUUCAUAUGUUCAUUGCCAGAAUUUGAACCAGCCAUAGAGUGUUAGUACUUUUUGUUUUCUAAAUAAACUCUAACAUCUUCUUUGGAGAUUUGA